AAAUAAAUAACUAUUUAUCAAGUAAAAAAAAUUAACAAAGAAUAUUAGGGAUGAUAAGAAAAAUUUUAGCAAGAUUUAGCACAAUGAGGCAUGUCCACUGCUCUGGAUUUGGAGGAGUAGAUGUUUUAAAUUUCAAGACAAGUCCAAUACCUGCAUUAAAAAAAGAUGAGGUCUUGAUAAAAGUGUAGGCAACAGCUUUAAAUAGAGCAGAUACUUUAUAAAGAUAAGGAAAAUAUCCUCCCCCUCCUGGAGCAUCUGAUAUUAUUGGAUUAGAAGCAGCAGGAUACUUAUUAGAUCAAAAUGGAAAUUAAACUAGUAAGAGGGUAGUUGCUUUAUUGUCCGGUGGAGGCUACUCAGAAUAUGUUGCUGUUAACAAGGAUCAUAUUUUAGAAAUUCCAGAUUAGAUGAGUUUCUCUGAUGCAGCUGGAUUGGCUGAAACAUGGUUAACAGCUUAUUAAUUGCUAAAGAAAGUAGGAUGUUCUAAACCUGGUGAAAAUGUUUUAAUUUAUGCAGGAGCAAGUGGAGUUGGAACUGCAGCAAUUUAACUUUGUAGCCUAUUCAAUACAAAUGCUAUUGUUAGUGUUUCCUCUCCUGAAAAGCUCUAAUUUUGCAAAAACUUAGGGGCAUAAGGAGGUAUUAUUUAUAAAGAUAACUUAAAGCAGAAAGAGUAAAUUUUAGAGUUGACAAAAAGAAAAGGAGCUGAUAUAGUUUUAGAUUGUAUUGGAGCUUCUAACGUUGAUUUAACUCUAAGCGUACUUAACUAUGAUGCCCGCUGGGUUUUAUAUGGCUUGAUGGGAGGAGCUAAAGUUCCAAAUUUUAAUUUAGCUUCAUUAGUAGGAAAAAGAGGGUCUCUCAUAUGUUCUACUUUAAGGAGUCGUACUGACUGUUAUAAAAGAGAUCUUGUAAGAGAUUUCUAAUUUUAAGCUAUGCCUCUUUUUAGAAAUAACACUUUCAAAACAAUUAUUGAUAAAGUUUAUAAUGUCAAUCUAAAUGAUGAUAAAGAUGUGGAAAAGGUAAGAGAAGCUCAUUAAUAUAUGGAAAAAAACCAAAACAUAGGAAAAAUAGUUUUAAAUUUUGUUUGAGCUAAUUAAUUUAGAUUUUUAUUAAUUUUAUUUAAAUUUAUUAUUUAUUCUGUAUGCGCUAUUUGUAUAUUUUGCUUAGAUAUGUAUUCAAAUAAAGCUUUUUGAUUGUUAAACCU